ACAGGAAGGCAAAAGACGAAGGAAGUGAAGAAUCCGAGGCGAAGCCUCUGAAGCAACGAGCCGAGAUGAAACGACCAAAGAAGAAAGAACCCGAGGAGAAAGACAAGCCUAACACAUGGGUCGAGAAUGAGCCUGGCGAAGUGGAAGACGACGAGGACGAAGAAGGGCUUUCCGCUCUUUCUAUAAGCCACUGCUGGGGCAUCCUCGAUGUCUUGGCCAACAGGGUCGGCUCCUUUAUCCCCCAGUACAGCCAGCUUCCCGACUUUCAGGAUGAUCUCACGCAAUUGGGUGUCUCUCUGCGCAAGGCGCAAGCCGUGCUUCGUCUCGCCGAUCGAAGGCAGACCAACGCCGAGGAGCUGCUGGGGCCGCUGGGGCCGCUGGCUCAACUCGAAGCCGCAGCCUACGAUGCCAAAGACUUGCUCGACGAGCUCGACUAUGAAGUCCUGCAGCAAGAGAUGGUAAAAGACGAGGCAAGCGACUUGCAGUCCUCUUCUCUUUCUUCUCUUUCUUUUGAUGCCAACCCAAUCAGGUCUAAACUGAGGAAAUUUUGGAUGAGGUUGGAUGCCAUUUCUGAUGAAUUGCGGGAGAUCAUCAAUCACUUGGAAGAUGAUCUCCCUGAGAGACAGGACAAGCUGCUGUUGGUGGAAGCAGGCAAGAUCUUCUCCUCGAUUAAGCCUCAAGUGUUUGGCAACGAAGAGAAGGAGUCUCUAAUACAAGUGCUGCUGAGGAGUGCUGAUGGAUCUGGAUCUAGCAAAUCCAACUUUUCCGUUCUGUCUAUAGUCGGCAAUGGAGGGGUGGGAAAGACUGCUUUGGCUAAGCUUGUGUACAAUGAUCCGAGGGUGCAGAAGCAUUUUGAGCUGAAAAAUUGGGUUUGUGCUUCUGAGCCCUUUGAUGUGAAACAGCUGAUCAAAGAAAUAAUAGAGUCUGGUACUGAGGAGAAAGAAUCCAUCCUCACUGAUUUGGACUCUCUUCAAUUGAUCCUAAAGGAUAAGGUGAUGUCAAGAAGAUUUAUUUUGGUCCUUGAUGAUGUGUGGAUUAAAGAUAGUAGCGAAUGGAGGAAGCUCUAUGUGCCGCUGAAUCAUGGGCUUCAAGGAAGCAUAAUUUUUGUGACUGCUCGGUCUCUAGAGAUUGCUAACCAACUGGAUACAUCAUGUCCAAUCUUUCUGGUAGGUUUGACAUAUGAUAUCAUAUCGCAAGCAUCUGAUCUUAUAAAGUCAGAAGUCCAUCCGGAGUUGGAGGACAUUGGUAGGAGGGUUGCCGCCAAGUUACAGGGAUCUCCAUUAGCAGCAAAACUUAUCGGGGGCCUUUUGAGCUCGAAGAUGGAUGCUGGACUCUGGAGAACAAUCAACAAUCAUAUUGGGGUACUAUCACAUGAGGGAUAUGACAGAUAUGACAUUCUGCCAGUCCUCCAAUUGAGCUAUGAAUAUCUGCCAGAAUGUCUGCAACGAUGCUUUUCAUUUUGCUCAGUCUUUCCCAAGGAUUACAUAUUCAGACAAGAUGAUCUAGUCUUUAGUUGGAUAGCUCUGGGCUUCAUUGCACCUCAAGGAAACAUGCGAAUGGAAGAUGUGGCAAUGAUCUACUUUCAGGACUUGACAAGUAGGUCCUUCUUUGAACAAUCUCAGUUGAACCAUCAAUAUUAUGUAAUCCAUAGUGUGAUGCAUGAUCUGGCAGAAUCUGUUUCAAUAAACGAAUGUGUCAGGAUAGAAGAUAGUACAUUUCAGCAAAGUAUCCCUUCUACUGUUCGCCAUCUAUCAAUAUGUACCAAAAACCUCGAACCGGGAAAGUUAGUAGGCAUAGGCAGCUAUAAUAAGUUGCUUUCACUUACGAUAAUGAAGAAUAUUGAACUUGAUUUGAGGUCCAUAAUCAAUUGCUGGUUUCAACAGCUCACAAAUAUUCAAUUGUUGGAUCUAAACACUUGCGAGAUUGAAGAGCUACCUGAUAGUAUAGGCAAUUUAAAGCAGCUCCGGUACCUUGACAUAUCUUAUACUGGUCUUGGAAGGUUACCUGAGUCAUUUUGUGACCUUCAUAAUAUGCAGUUUUUGUUCAUAAAGGGAUGCAGAUUUGAGAGUUUUCCUGAAGGUUUUACCAAUUUGAUCAGCUUGCGGCAUAUUGAUAUUGAAUCAAAUAUGUUUUCAAUGGUAACUGAGAUUGGGAAGCUGACCUCUCUUCAAGAGUUGCGAUGUUUUGAAGUCCUAAAAAAGGAUGGGCAUGGUGUUGGAGAAUUAGGGGAUUUGACGCAGCUUCAUCAAAGUCUGACAGUCAAAAAUCUUGAAAAUGUUGAGAGUGUGGGAGAUGCUUACCAGGCUAAGUUGGAGAACAAGGAGUACCUCAACGAGUUGGUCCUUGAAUGGUCUCUUAGUAGAAGUGCUAGCUCAAGAUGCAGCAGCUACUUUGCUAUGGAUGAGAAGGUGCUUGAGGCUCUCCGGCCACAUUCGAAACUGAAAGAGCUGGAAAUCAGAUGCUAUAGAGGUAUGCUAGCUCCCAGUUGGCUAUGUACACAGAAGUUGCCUUGCUUGGUUAAACUCGCUAUUCAACAUUGCCCCAAUCUUUUGAAUUUAUCUUGCCUCCCACCUUCCCUUGGAGUGUUAGAGUUGGUAAAUGUGGGCUUGCGCUCACUUCCCAUACUGUGGGAUGAAGGUUCAACCGACAAGUGCAUAAGUGGACAGCAGUGCAACAAAGGCAUGAUGUCAUCCCUCUCUAUGUUAUCCAUUCGGCGGUGCCCAAAACUUGAAACUCUUGCACAGUUGUCACCUCACCACCUACCGGCUGUAAAAUCAAUAUGCAUUGAACAUUGUACGAAGCUAGUUUCUCUGCCAGUGGAAAGUUUUGGGGACUUUGUCUUUCUCGAGUUCUUGGAUAUAAUAGACUGCCCCAACCUUCCUCGCCCAGAGAAAAUGGUCUUACCAUCCUCUAUCAAAAGAUUGACUCUAGAUUCAUGUGGUUAUCUUGGCAAAUCACUUCCCGGCUGCCUACAGUACCUAAGUGAUCUCAUGUACUUAAACAUAUGCUGCUGUCCACACAUAGAAUCCCUCACUGGGCAAGUGUUCCAUCAUCUGAGAGCUCUCAAGUGCUUAUAUAUUAGCGAAUGUCCAAAGCUGAGGUCUUUAAGUGGAUUAGAGGCUCUCACGUCUUUGCAAGAGUUGACUAUUCUGAAGUGUCCUCAUCUCGCUGAAUCAGAGUCAUUCUCUGACACGGAAGAGCAGCAGAAGGAUAUGCUACUGCUUCAGCUGACCAUUGACAACACUGCCCUUCUUCAACUUCCGUCUCUGCGAAAUUUAUUUUCCUCUUCCUUAAAUCAUUCCUUAAAUCUUGCAAUCUGGGAAUCUUGUGAAUUUGUGAUGUUUGUUGGAGAGGAUGAGGAAUGGCCGCAAAUUCUCAAAACACUCCGGGUAUUAUCUUUUGAGAGUUGUGCCAAUCUCAAGUCGCUGCCAAGUUGGUUAUGUAGCCUGACCUCCCUAGAAAAGUUGAGGAUUUGUAAUUGUCCUCAUAUCAUCUUGCCGCAGAAGGCGAACUUGCCUACCUCUUUAAAAGACUUAUGCUUUGACGAUUGAUCUGUUGUUGAUGGAGCGAAGGGAAAAGCAUCGUUUCCUGAUGAAUUUCAGAAUGGGUACGUCUUACACCAUCAUUCAUGGAGGUGAAACUUCUUUGUCAAGGCGGGUUAUUUUCGACGAACGGAAUACAUCAAGGGUGACAAUUAGCAUAACGAAGGACUGGUGUUGGCUUUUCUUCAAAACAAAUUUGAGUAUAGAGUGUACGAGUCACUUUUGUUUUCUAUGCAGUUAUUUCUUUUGGCAUUCGAUGUGGAUCCUUGUAGGGUUUCUUUUAACAUUGCAGGUUCUCCAACUUACUCCAUGUGAUCAUGUGUAGUUUCUCCUUUAUUUUCAUUUGUAUUUAUUUAUUUAUUUUUUUUUUUGAGAGAGGUAGCUCACUAUCCGUUUCAUUCAUUCGGCAAAUGAAUUUGGCAUCAAGAAGUGAGGCAGCGCCUCGGAAAAAAAGAGUCCCAUUCCAAAGAAUCUUUCUCCAUUGGAAAAACAUUUAUUGAUUGAAACUUCCUUCAAUUCCACUUUGUCAAAGAUUUCUGGAAAGUGCGUCUUCAGCGAUGCUUUGCUGCACCACCUAUCCGACCAAAAUCUGAUUGAUCGUCCGUCUCCAAGAGAAAAACACGUACUGCUUUGGAAGAUAUCCCUUUAAUUUUCAUUUGUUAGUUAAUCGUGUAAGAAGAUAAUAUAAUGCAUUCGCUUGUUCUUCGGUAAUUGUCGUUCUUACCUGGUGAGCUGUAAUUUGAUGUCUGUCGUAUUGUUUACUGUUGUGGGAAAAAAGAAAAUUGCUUCCAGCAAGUUAAUCUUGCUCGUAUAAAAAUAUACAGGACAAUUUGUAUUAGUAAGGAAAA